AUCUGUUUCAACAUUUCACAUUUCUACUUCUCUUUUUUCUCGUUCUGAAAAUUCACAAACAUAGUCGAUAGAUAGAAGAUCGUCUUAGAACAAUGAAACGCAGUUCAGUUCUGCUUUUGCUGUUCUUUCUGGGGACGUGCUCGGCUUACACCUAUCAAAAUGUGGCCUUGCGUGGGAAAGCGACCCAGUCAAACCGUUUGGCAGACAUGUAUGGUUUUGCCCACAAUGCUAUUGAUGGAAAUCGUGAAUCUGACUACAACGCCGGAUCAUGCACCCAGACUAUUGAACAGACCAACCCCUGGUGGAGAGUGGACCUGCUGGAGUCCUACAUCGUCACCUCCAUCAUCAUCACCAACAGAGGAGACGCCUUUCCAGAAAGGAUCAACGGGGCAGAGAUUCACAUCGGCAACUCUUUACAAAACAAUGGUGCUGCAAACCCAGUGGCUGGUGUAUUUUCUCAUAUCCCAGCAGGCCAGUCUUCGGAAAUUACUGUUACCAGUCUUGUGGAGGGACGUUAUGUGACUGUGGUUCUACCUGGUUUAAAAAGAGUCCUUACACUCUGCGAAGUGGAAGUCUACGGGUACCGGGCCCCAACUGGAGAGAACCUGGCAAUCCAAGGUAAAGCCUCACAGUCAUCACUGUAUGAUACAUUAAUUGCAUAUAAUGCUAUAGAUGGGAGUGACAGCGUCCGGAGUUCUUGUACUCACACAAACAACGACUUUAACCCCUGGUGGCGACUGGACCUGGGCAAAACCCACAGAGUGUUUUCUGUUGCCAUUACCAACCGAGAUACUUACUCUAACCGACUCAAUGGCGCUGAGAUCCGAAUUGGAGAUUCUCUUGAAAACAAUGGCAAUACCAAUCCCAGGUGUGCUGUGAUCUCAAGCAUAUCUCCAGGUUUCACUGAAAUCUUCCAGUGUAAUGGGAUGGACGGUCGCUACGUUAAAAUCGUUAUUCCUGGAAGAAGCGAGUACCUGACCCUGUGUGAGGUGGAGGUGUAUGGCUCCAGACUGGAUUAGGUCUGAGGAGGUUCAAAAUGUAUAACAAUAACAUUUUACAUUGCAGAUGUUCAUCUGAUGCUCUUGUACUAACUCAUGUUGCAAUCAUAGAUUAAGAUUAAUUUGCUAUCUACAGACGGAUGGGAGUUCUAGCUUGUUAAACUAGAGCUGAUCCAGUAAAAAAGUAAUGUCAUUUAUAGUUAAUGUGGCAUUGUCUGGAAAAGCGACCAAGCCAGAUCGUAAUGGUCACAAUGGUAGUACAUUAAGGUCCAUCAAUUUUCAUAUAAUGUUACCAUCAUCAUCAGUGUGUACAUAAAUCAAACACAUUUGCAGUGCUUUUGUAGUUUUAGUUUAUCUUAUUAUGGACCUAUUUCCUCCUUAUUUGUCCUCAUGUGUUCUUUUCAGCAUCUAAGUGGAAUUCCAGCAAAUUCAAAAUACACGUUAUAAUCAAACCAGGAGGUUGUGCCUUUUAUGUUUCACCUGGCAGCGUAUCAGCAACAUUAAUAUUCUCAAAUUUUACAGUUUUAUGUCUGUGUUUAUCUGACCUAUCAAAUCUAAGGAAUUUAUCGAAGUACAACUGUAUUUAUGUGGGGAUUGACUGUAAACAGCAAGUUCAUGUGGCAAAACGCAUAACAAAAGUGCAUGUUUAUAUUGUUGCUAUGUCCAUUCAACUAAUGUCUAAUGUAACCUGAAUAUUCCACGGGUGUAUUAAGAGAAUGGAAUAUUCCUCUAAUUUCCUUAUCACGUUGCAAGAAUAAAAUAAUGUUACAUUAACUGUG